AUGCCGAUGGACCAGCGUGAGCUCGAGUCGCGCGUAAAGGCGCUGACCAAGGUCGUGGCCGCCAACGAGCCGCCGGAGAAUGCGCUCAAGCUGCUCGAGCAGCUCAAGAAGGAGGCGUCGCCAACGGAGGAGAUGUUGCGGGCAACGCGCGCAGGCGUCUUCGUCGGCAAGCUGAGGUCCAAUCCCAACAAGGAGAUUGCCCGGGCCGCCUCCGAGCUCGUCAUCAAGUGGAAGAAGCUGGUCGAGCAGGAGAAGAACUCCAAGCUUCAAAAGGCCAAGAUGGGCUCGCCCUCGGCGCCCGCCGCCGCGUCGCCGCCCAACCCGUCAGCCAACGCGGCCGCUGCCCCGGCCGCCGGCGCCGGAGGCAAGGCGUACAAGGGCGAUCCCGAGAAGCGCAAGUUCGACACGGACGGCGUCAACAUCAAGCGCACCGAGUCCAACGUGCGCAACCAGUGCAUCGGCCUCAUCUACAACGGCCUCGCCUACCGAUCCGUCGAGUCCGAGACGAGCGUCAUCGCAAAGGCCGUGGCCGUCGAGAGCGCCGCCUUCACCGCCUUCAACGGCGAGGGCGCCGAGUACAAGAAGAAGAUCCGGUCGCUCUUCGCCAACCUCAAGAACAAGUCCAACCGCGACCUGGGCAAGCGCGUCAUGUCGGGCGACAUUGCGCCCGAGCGCUUCGUCAGCAUGUCGGACGAGGACCUCAAGAGCGAGGACCAGCGCCGGAUGGAGCAGGAGCUGGAGAAGGAGAACAUGAAGAAGGCCCAGGUGCCGAUGGCGGAGAAGAGCAUCAGCGACAGCCUCGAGUGCGGCAAGUGCAAGAAGAAGCGCGUCAGCUAUACCCAGGCGCAGACGCGCAGUGCUGAUGAGCCGAUGACGACGUUUUGCGAGUGCAUGAAUUGCGGCAACCGCUGGAAGUUUUCAUAA